AUGCAUGAAUCGAUUACCACUAUUUUCUCUUCUCAAUCGACUGAGGCUGAGAGAAUGAUUCAUGAUGAAGAACCUAAUGAUGAUGAGAUCAUGGUGUCCUUUGCUGAUCUUCAAUUUGAUCCUGAGGAGUAUAAUGUUCCCGAUAACUUAAUCACGUCAGCUCAAGAAAAUGGCUUUCGAAUCAUGUUUGAUGGCAUUAAGCAGAAAAAAGCUGAAAAGUUAGAAGUUCAUUCCAAGAGCUUUAAAUAUGAGAAUCAAAAGCUUCGUGACAUUACAAAGGAACAUCUUGAACUCUUUGUUGAACAAGUGACAAAAAUGAAGGAAUCUAUGGAUCUCAAAGUUGUUGAACUUAAAUUUGAAGUGUGA